GCUGCGCACACCGGAAGACGCAGGCGCACUUGGGGCCUCGCGUCCGCCGCGACCGGGGUUGACGUUUCCCAGUGGAGGCGGGGACGGACGGUCUGCAGAUGGCCCCACUCCCAGGGGCAGAGCUGGUCCGGAGGCCUCUGCAGCUCUACCGAUACCUGCUGCGCUGUUGCCGACAGCUGCCCACCAAGGGCAUGCAGGAGCAUUACAAACACACUAUCAGGCAGAGUUUCCAGGUUCAUUCAGAUGAAGACAAUCCUGAGAGAAUCCAGCAGAUUAUUAAAAGAGCCAUUGAAGAUGCCGACUGGAUCAUGAACAAAUAUAAAAAACAAAACUGAGGCUCGGAGUGGAGCUGUCCUGAAGACACUGACGUUGAAGACCUCACUGCUCCUGCAACUAAUCAGAAGCAGCAGUUCCAGACUAGCCAUUGGUCUCGUUGGUUGAGAGAGCAGGAAAUCAGCAGUGGAAGAAGCUGACAUUUGCUCAGACGGCUCUUCUAGCCAUGUUCAUGUCUCCAGUGACCUUUAUCUUUGCUUUUCCAGCCAGUUGUGAUGUGAGAUUUGGGGAAAAUGUGUUUCUUCACUUUGCUGUGGAAGUGAUUCAUUUAUUCUGGACGUCAUCCUUUGAGACCCGGAGUGGGCGUCCGUCCCCUCGGAUGGUAGCCUGCACAGAGGACAGGGCAUGGAUUUCAGAACCAGACAGCUGGGUUUGAAUCCCAGCUCAGCGGAUUUUCAAUUUUGACUUUGAGCUUGGUUUUCUCCCUUGUGAGAAUUAAAUAAAAUGAAGUCAAAGAUCCUA